GAGAAACCCGCGAACGUCGGAGACAUUCGUCAAUAGGUAAACGCAAUUUGCAACAGCAAUGAGGAAAAUAUUGCUGGUCACAACCUUGCUAUCAAUAGCAAUGUCCGAAGAUAUUCUGAUGGAAACUCAUCCAAGAUUAAAAACGACUUGGAUUCGUAAACAGCUUUGGAAUAGAAAAACAAAACGACAACAACAGAAAGAUAUUUCUUCUGAGGUGGAAGAGUUCUUAAAUUAUAAUGACAGACAAUUCCCUCGACUUUCGGACACCCGAUUCAUUAGCGAAUCAAGAAAACUGCCCACGAUGACACUCAUCAGGCAACAUGAUUUGGUGCGAUUUCCACAAGUUAAUCUGUUAUCUUCCGGCAAACCAAACCUUGAACUCUCAGCAAAACCAAGAGUCUUGAUCUCCAUUGGCAUACAAGAAGAGAAGAACGUCGUCGAUCUACAAGAAGAUUGCUCGUCGAGAAAAAGUUAUUGCAAAUUCAAUCAAGGUUGGCAGGUUCAACAACCAUUCUAUGUAGAGGAGCCAAGAUGGGUUGACAUUGAUGUCGACUACAUAGACAAUUCUCAGCAUGCAGAUGGCGAUCCUUACAUACUGACACGAGGAAAGAAAAUUAUUAGAAUUAAGAAUCCAGAACAAGUAGACAAAACAAUCGAGGAUUAUGAAGCGACCUUCGAUUAUCCAAGCAAAAGCAAAGGGCUGAAAAGCCGAGUAAGAAGAUCCAUCAAAAUGAACAAAAGAUCUCAAAAUAAAAUAACCGACGAAAGGAACAAUCAAGUAGAGCAAAGAAAUCGUUAUAAUAGUCUUGAAGAUACUGAUAAAGAUAGAAAUAAUACUAUAAUUAUCAAAAUAGAAAAUACAGAUAAAAAAUCUUCAAAGAUGGACAAAAUAUUGGAAGAAACAGGUGAUAUCUUUAUUGAAAAAUAUAAGAGAGUUAAUCAAAAUAUGACAAAGAGAUCAUUGCAUGAAUAUAAAUUUACAGAGCAGAAUAAAAAAUCCGCAAAUGAUUUAAUCACAGAUUUCGUUGAAGAAAAACGGAAAAUACAAAACAAAGAAAGCAAUGCUAUUGAAAAUGACAAUAGCAAAACUGCAGAAGUAAAUCAAAUUAAAAAAUUCAAUAAAAAUGAUGGAAAAAGUCAUUUUACUAUUAAUAUAAAUAAAAGAAAUAAAAGAUCAGUGUUAUUGAAAAAUCAAAAACUCUCCGAAAGUCAUAACAAACAGGUUUAUGAAAUCGACGUAAAUUCCAAGAGUGAUGGCGAAAGGAAUGAAAUCGAUACAUAUAGGCAGGUAGAAAAUAAAGCUUACAUCAACAAGUUAAAUGAUUUAGAUACAUUCAAUAAUCUCUUAUCUCGCAAUAAAGAUCUAUUUAACAAUGAAAGCUCGAAUAAAAAAGAUGUAGAUCAUAAUACUAAAUCUAUCGAAAGAGUGUGGGAACUUCAACAUUAUCCGCACAAGAGAUUAGAAGACGAAGAAACGAAGAAUGAGAAAAAUAAAUCUGAAAUUAAUAAAGAUGAUGUAGAAAUGACAGAUUUGCAAUCAACAAACGAGUCCGGCUCAAAAAGCUUCGAAACGAAUUCUCGAGACAAACGUAACGCUUGCAGAGGUUUCAUCUGCAAGAUCGAACCGCAGAUCCAGGAAGAUAAAUGGCUGAAGAAUAUCGAGAAGGAAAUUCAGGACUCGCUGUCUUUCAAGCGAAGAGACAAACAUAAUGAUAUUUUAGACAACCUAAACCUAGACGAACUUUACAUAAUUUCUCGAGGUAAGAAAUCACUGUAUGAUUUUGGGAAGGACGGUCUCCCGUCAAUGUCGCGAAAUACGAACAACGUAGAUCGCGCUAAAGUGAUGAUUCCGAUGGGUCUUCUGAAAUUGUUAUUGAUGGAAAUGUCCAAAUGUAACGACGAUAAUUGCGUCAAAGCGAAUCGAUUGCCACUGAGGGAUAGACGUGGUAGCUCGCUCGAUGAAAUCUUCGCGGCGUACGAUCCAUAUUAUUUAGUUAGAGGAAAACGAAUGAACCGAAACCAGAAGGGCACUUCACUCGAAAUGGAUGCGAAGCAAUAAUAUCUAAAAACGAGAGAUCUA